GUAACCCUCUCAUCAAGGCUGCAGCGACAACAACAAGGAAGUGAUUGAGCGAGAACAGUCCCCGCCGCCGCCGCCGUCAAAGCCAGCAGUCGCCGGAACCUUCGGUAGUCGGGUGAAUCGUCCUUUCUCUUCGCCGCCAUCAUGAACAGCAAAGGUCAAUAUCCUCCACAGCCAUCUUACUCAGUUCAGCCUCCUGGUAAUCCAUCAGUGUUUCCACAGACCAUACCACUUCCUCAGGCUCCACCUUACACCGAGGCUCCUCCUGCUUACUCAGAGCUCUACCGUCCAAGCUUUGUGCAUCCUGGGGCUGCCACUGUACCUACAAUGUCUGCUGCUUACCCUGGUGCUUCGCUGUACCUUCCUAUGGCUCAAUCUGUUGCUAUGGGUCCAAUGGGUUCAUCAGUACCAGUGGCUUUUUACCCUGUGGGCCCCGUCUAUCCUCCUGGAUCCACUGUUCUUGUUGAGGGUGCCUAUGAUGCUGGAGCAAGGUUUGCACCUGGUGCCCCUGCGAAUAUUCCUGUAAGUAGGAAUGUGCAAUGUAGUCCUUACUGCUUGUUGUUUUCUUAAUCUGAGAAGGGAGAUAGCUGCGUAUUCCCCACCCCACAAAAAUACUAUUGAAGGGCUUGUUUACUGCUGGAGAAUCGGUGUAUAAACUCAAUGUAGUAUCUAACCACGUAACCACAAUGCUUGUGCAUUAGAGUGAUCAGCAUUUUCCCUUCAUUGAAAAGUUGUAAUUAUGAGUCAUUUUACAGAGAUAAUGUACUUCAACCACAAACUGUGAAUAUAAUGUAUAAAAUGUAGCGCAUCCAUGAAAUCAGACAGUUCACUAGCCUGAUUCUUUUGGGCCUUUAGAUCCAUCCUUGGGAAUUGGUACAAAUGCUAAAAUUAAUCAUUUCCUUGAGCUCAGGCUAGCACUAGGGCCUUCUUAAGGAUGGCUUGAUCUCGGACAGGCUGCCUUCUUCAGGGGAUUACCUACUUCUUAAAGGGGAGAUCUCCUUGUUUAAAGCUCAACUUUGUGCUGGCAGCAUGAACAGUUUAGUUGGGUGGGCAAGUAUACAUUCCCUUCAUGUAUGAUUGAGAUGUGUAAUUGUAAUUAAGCACUAGUAUCAGGGCAUAUAAAGGCAAACAAGCUGGGACCUGAUGUGGACCAGAAUCUUGGAACCUGUGUGGACAUAAACCUUCUUGGAUGGUAACAGCUGCCAGGGAACCAGCCAGGUGGGUAAGAGAGUGGUGAACACCUUUUUACAAGGGACAAUUUCACCAUGUCUUAAAAAGGCUGUGCUGCAACAUUUGCUUAAAAGAACUCAAAA